UCAUCGAGUGGGAGAUAGACCGGGGCCUGUUGAGCUUAACAGAUGGAGACCGGGGGGCAACCAUCUUCUUGAGAGAGAUCCAAGACCUCAACAAACACAUCCUGGAAGACUGCGCCCUCAAGAUGGUGGACCGGCUCCCAGAUGGCUGCCUGGACACAGAUGCCCAGAACCUUCUCCGUGGCCUCAAAGGACGCAUUGCCGACGUGCAACCGGGAGUUCUCAGGGCUCAGCACCUGCCGUGGAGCCGAGACCUGGUGAACCCUAAAAACAAGGCUCAUGCUCGGUACCUGAAGGAGCUGGGCGAGCAGUUUGCGGCCAGGGCUAGCCACCAGGUCCUGGAGCACCUCCGGGAGCUGGAGGCGGGCAGGCAGGAGUUGGCGUGGCUCUACCAGGAGAUCCGCCACCACCUGGGGCUGAGUGCCGAGGCCAAUCGGACUUUCUGUGGGCGCCAGGAGAUCCUGGCCCAGCUGGGGCAGCGGCUCCAGCAGAGCGACAGCCACCCCCACUCUCCCCUGGUGCUCUUUGGACCCCCAGGCAUCGGAAAGACCGCUCUGAUGUGCAAACUGGCGGAACAAAUGCCAGGCCUGCUUGGCCGCAAGACGGUGACCGUCCUGCGGCUUCUGGGAGCGUCACAGAUGAGCUCCGACGCCCGAGGCCUGCUCCAGAGCAUCUGCGCCCAGGUGUGCCUGGCCUACGGGUUGCCCCUGCCCCCUGCCCAGGUCCUGGAGGCCCACGCCAGGGUGGUCCAGUUUUUCCACACCCUCCUCCACACCGUCUCCUGCCGCAACUUCGAGUCCCUUGUGAUCCUGUUGGAUUCCAUGGACGAUGUGGAUUCCAUCUGCCGCGCCCGGAGGGUCCCCUGGCUGCCUCCCAAAUGCCCCCCGAGGAUCCACCUUAUCCUCUCAGCCUGCUCAGGGCGGCGGGGGAUUCUAGACACCGUGCGACAGACGCUGACGGACCCGGAGGCCUACUGGGAGGUGAAACCCCUCUCUGGAAACCAAGGGCAAGAGAUGAUCCAGCUCCUGCUGGCCGCCUCCAGGAGGACGCUGAGCCCAGGGCAGAGGGAACUGCUCUGGGCCAGCCUCCCAGAAUGCGGGCACCCGGGGCGGCUGAGGCUGGCCUUCGAGGAGGCCCGGAAAUGGGCCUCCUUCACCAUACCUGCCCCCCUGGCCUCCACUGCCAAGGAAGCCAUGCACCAACUGUGUGCCCGCCUGGAGCAGACACACGGGCAGGUCCUGGUGGCCCACGUGCUGGGCUACAUCGCGUCUUCCCGGCAUGGGCUCUCAGAGGCAGAGCUGAAGGACGUCCUGUCCUUGGAUGACGAGGCCCUGCAGGUGGUCUACCGGGACUGGACCCCGCCCAGCAAGGAGCUGCUGCGUUUUCCACCGCUGCUCUGGGUGAGGCUUCGCCGGGAUCUGGACCACUGCUUGGCCCGGCGGCCUGUGGACGGCUUCACACUCCUGGCCAUUGCCCACAGGCAGCUGGCCGAGGUGGUCCAAGAGCGCUACCUGUCCGGGGUCGAGAGAGCCAAGAGGCACGGGGUCUUGGCUGACUUCUUCUCAGGGGCCUGGAGCCAGGGCACCAAGAAGCUCAUCACCCUGCCGCUCGUGGGGAAGCCCCUGAACCUGGACCGCAUGGUGGCCCCUCAGCCCCUGUGGUUCUCAGACACGGUCGCAAAUGUGCGGAAGCUGAAGGAGAUGCCUCAUCACCUGGUCCACUCAGGCCGCCUUGAAACGCUGAAGCAGGAGGUUCUGGGCAGCAUGAACUGGAUUUCCUGCCGCGGCAUCUCUGGAGGCAUCGAGAGCCUGUUGGACGACUUUGACCUGUAUGCCCCUUACCUGGACUGUCCGGAGGUCGGCCUGGUCCGGGAAGCCCUCCAGCUGUGCCGCCCAGCCCUGGAGCUCCGAGGCAUGGAGAGGAGCAUCCUAUAUACAGAACUCCUGGCCAGACUCCAUUUCUUCACGACCUCACAUCCGGCGCUGGUGGGACAGCUGUGCCAACAGGCCCAGAACUGGUUCCGGAUGUGCCCACAUCCUGUGCUGGUACCCCUCACGGGAUUCCUCCAGCCCCCGGGAGGACCCCUCCGGGCAACCCUCACCGGCUGUCACAAGGGCAUCACGGCCAUGGCGUGGAGCGUGGAAGAGGGGCUGCUGGUUGUCGGCACCCAUGAUGGCACCGUGGCUGUGUGGGACACGGAAGAACAUCAGGUGAUCCGUAUGCACAUGGGACACACAGGAGAGGUGAGGUAUGUGAAGGUGUUUGCCAAAGGGACACUUGCCCUCUCUGCCUCAAAGGACCAUACACUGCGCUUGUGGAAUCUACUGACUGGCCAGGAGAAAUUCACCAUUUGGGAUGGAGGCUCAAAGGAUCCCAUGCAACCUGAGACCUGGAGUCUUCACUUGGAUGAAACAAAGAAGGUUGUGUAUUUGGCAUCUGGCUCAAAGGUCAGUGCGUGGCAUCUAGAAACUGCAGAACUGGUUUUCCAGAUCCUGGGAGAUCCCUCUGACUGCUGGGUGUAUGCAGCAGUGCUGGCUUCCCGGGCCACGCUGCUGACCGUGUCCCAGGGUGGUGUGGCCGGCCUGUGGAGCUCGGCCACAGGAAAGCCGCAGGGGAGGCAACAUUUAUCCAGCAUCAAGGAAGAAACGCCUACCUGUGGGGUCUCGCUCCAGAAGCAGGGGAAGAUGGUCACCGGGUUCAGCAAGGGCUCCGUCUCCUUGAUUUCCCCUGAAGGAGACAGCCUGCUGGAGAAGCUUCCGGAAGCUGUGAGGUUCCUGGUAGUCUCUGAAGAUGAGUCCCUUCUCGCUGCAGGGUUUGGAAGAUCCGUCCGGAUAUUCUUGGCAGACUCACAGGGGUUUCAUCGAUUCAUGGCCACCGACCUUGAACACGAGGACACCGUGGAGACAGCCAGUUUUGGUCCUGAGAACAAUCUGAUUGUCACUGGGUCCCGGGAUGCACUCAUUCAGGUGUGGAGUCUGUCGGAGCAGGGGACCCUGCUGGAUGUUCUGGAAGGCGUCGGGGCCCCCAUGAGCCUGUUGGUCUGGGGUGGGGCCUUGGUGGCAUCUGCUUCCCAGCAGUCCUCGUCUUUCAAAGUCUGGGAUCUCACGUCUGUGCGGCAGCCAAGGGCCUCUACCCCGUUUCUGGAUCGCACUGGCCUCACUGCGGUAUCACAGGAUGGAAGCUACGUUUACUUCCCCAAGAUUGGGGACAAGAGCAAAGUCACCAUCUGGGACUUAGCAGAAGGUGAGGAGCAGGACGUCCUGGAUGCCUCCAGUGAGGUCAGAUGUCUGGAGGUGGCCCAGCGGGCCAAUCUCCUUUUCACUGGCCUCGUUUCGGGGGUCGUCCUGGUGUUCCCCCUGAAUUCCAGACAGGACGUGAUGUGCAUCCCCCCUCCCGAGGCCCGGAAAGCCAUCAACUGCAUGGCCCUUAGUCAAGGAGAGGAGCGCCUGGCCAUCGCCUAUGACAGCAUCAUCCUGGUGCUGGACAUCAGCCCCGGGGAUCCCUGUCCGGUUGUCGAUGGGCCAACAUACACCUUCUACACCCAGCUGCCCGAGACCAUCUCCAGCGUGGCCGUCCUGGCUGACUGCCGUGUGAUGUACGGCAUGACCGACGGUGACCUCUUCCUUUACGAGUGUGCGAAUUCCAAAGUGUUCCCUCUGGAGGCCCACGGGAGCCGGGUCACCUGUGUUCAGGUCAGCCACAAGGAACAGCUGGCAGUCAGCGGAUCCGAGGAAGCCCUGCUGUGCCUCUGGGACCUGCAGGCCUGCAAGUGGAGAUUCGAGACGAGCUACACGAAUUCUUACUGUAGAGGAGUCCAGUGUGUCUGCUUCUCCAAGGAUGACAAGUACGUGUAUGCGGGCUUGAAGGAUCGCUCCAUAAUCGUCUGGAGUGUGCUGGAUGGCACCCUGCUGGCUGUCCAGUUUGUCCACGCUGUGGUGAACAGAAUCAUCCCAACUUCCAAUGGCUUCAUCGCCCCCACGAGACACGGCUAUCUCAUCCGGGAGCGUUUCCAGGACCCUUCGUCAAGAGCCUCGCAGCAGGACCCUCUCAAGAACUUCAAGAAGGCAGUGUGGAAGGUCAAAUCCAGGCAGAGAGACGAAGCGGCGGCUGUCGCAGGAGUCCCCCAGGACUCGAGAUCAGCAAGUGCCCAGGGAAAUGCAUGCAAAUCGAACAAACGCUCACAAGUCUGCCUGCUCGUGUAGAACCCCCUCCCCCAUGGGGGCAUGAGACGCCAGUGACUUAGCCCCCCUUCAGUCCGGUUGAAGCAAAGAGAAUGUACGUGUUGAUGUCUAUCCGGACCCAAAGCCCCAGAUUAUAUGACUCAGACCCUGUUUCUCACCAUCUUUCCACUCUGCUCUCCUGCUUGUUGGCUGGGUUCCCCCAGGAACCCGCCACCCCCAGGUUAGCAACAUGACGGCCAAGUUCAGUAGAAAAGAGACCUUCCCUUUGCCAGCAGUCUGAACCGAAGUGCUGGCCCCGAUUCGAUUGGCCCCAGUGGGCUCAUGCACCUAUCUCUGGGUGAAUGCAGUGCUGUGAUUGGCCAGCCUGACCCAGUGUCCACCGGGGCUGGGGAUGGAGUCAAUACGGCCCAAGCAUGUUGCCUGAGAAUGGGAGGGACUGUGCCCGGGAGGGAAACUGGGGGGUGGUACAGGGCAAAGGGAGGAUGGCUGGAUGUAAGAUUCACCAAACCACAGAGGUAGACCACAGAGCUUUAUCGUUAAUUUAUAAAGCAUCGGGUGCUAUCGUCUGAUCCUUAUCACAGCCCACACUUCAGGGAGGGUAGGAGUUUCUGCAUCCAUUUCACAGACAAGGAAACCGAGCCUUGGCAGGUAGCUGUGAUUUGCUCAAACUCUCAAGCCUGGGGUGCUGGGGCUCUGAGAGAAGAGAGCCAGGAGCUUUCCCGUCCCAGCCCUGUUGAGCCACCUCGCUCCAAUUUUAGUCUCAGAAGCGUGACCAUCUGUACCACAGGGGACACACUCAAAUGCCCACGGGGGCCAGUGGAUAAUCUAGAUGAUGGCCAGGCACCCGGGUGAGCAGCAGAGAGUGAUGGAGACCGUGGGGACGUGUGGAGGACAUGUGCUCUGCCUGGGGCAGGCUUGGGCACCCUGACUCUACCCCAGAAUGGCCGUGGGGAAAGCCACUCGUUGGUGCCAGCUUCCUGUUGUUGUAAACAAAGCCAGAAACCCAGACUUUCAUGUCACAUUUUCCCCAUUCUUAAAAGUUAGCGACUGAUGGGAAUGCAAGCUGGUGCGGCCACUCUGGAAAACAGUAUGGAGGUUCCUCAAAAAACUAAAAAUAGAACUACCCUACGACCCAGCAAUUGCACUACUAGGCAUUUAUCCACGGGAUGCAGGUGUGCUGUUUCAAGGGACACAUGCACCCCCAUGUUUAUAGCAGCACUAUCGACAAUAGCCAAAGUAUGGAAAGAGCCCACAUGUCCAUUGAUGGAUGAAUGGAUAAAGAAGAUGUGGUAUAUACAUACAAUGGAGUAUUACUCGGCAAUCAAAAAGAAUGAAAUCUUGCCAUUUGCAACUACGUGGUUGGAACUGGAGGGUAUUAUGCUGAGUGAAAUUAGUCAAAGACAAAAAUCAUAUGACUUCACUCAUAUGAGGACUUUAAGAUAUAAAACAGAUGAACAUUAGGGAAGCAAAAAUAUAUAAAAACAGGGAGGGGGACGAAGCAUAAGAGACUCGUAAAUAUGGAGAACAAACUGAAGGUUACUGGAGGGGUUGGGGGGGGAUGGGCUAAAUGGGUAAGGGGCACUAAGGAAUCUACUCCUGAAAUCAUUGUUGCACCAUACGCUAACUAAUUUGGAUGUAAAUUAGAAAAAAAAAAAAAAAAAAGGUAACGAUUGGCUCAAAUUUACAGCUACAGGCACAUUUAGCCCGUGUGCCUCUAGUUCAGGAGCCGGCUUCGUGAGUCAAGCCGGCAUGAAAAUAACAAACCUGUCAUAGCCUCUCCCCUCUGUCGGAUUCCAGACAGUUUCAGAACAGGCAACCUUAGAAACAGAGGCUUUUAAGCUAGAUGUGACCCUACUGACUGUCUUAUUGAGUAGUUUCCCAAACUAGGGUUCCCAAAAGGGCUUUGGCAUUUGCGCAGAUACGAGUAUCAAAUCCCAUUUUUAAAACAUAUUUUAAACCGUAAUUUAAAGAUGCCUGUUCAGCUGGGUUAGGAAGCAGCUUUUAAGGUAGCGGAGAUAACUAACGUAGGAUUCUCCUGCCGUCUUCCUUUAACUAAGAUUUUGAGGAGAGGCCUUGAAAAGACAGCGACUCGUUGCCACUACUCUGUGGAUCAGGGGUUUUACCCAACUCAGAAAUAAAGUGGAUGUCGUGACAGAGUGAAGAUUUCAGCUACAACGUACGGUUUUAAAUGCGUGCUCCCAUCUCGACGGCCUCAGUGAGAAUCCAUUGUUUUUACGUAAAUACUAAUUUGAACAUAGAAGAG